AUGGCUUCAAAUGUAUGCUUCAAAACCCUUGCAGUCCUAGCUCUUUUUCUUGCCGUUUGCGUGCAAGGCACUCGAGGAGGAGUAACAUGUGAAAAUCUGGACCAAGAGAGAUGCGCAUUUGCGGUUUCAUCAUCAGGCAACCGAUGUGUUCUUGAGAAGCAUGUGAGGAGGAGAGGACAAGAAGCAUACACAUGCCGCACAUCAGAAAUUGAAGCAAACGAUAAGUUGAAAGAUUGGACUGAGAGCGAGCUGUGCAUCAAGUCUUGUGGCCUUGACCGCAAAUCUUACGGAAUCUCAUCCGAUUCUCUCCUAGAGUCUGGCUUCACACAAAAGCUUUGCUCUCCUCAGUGCUACGACAGUUGCCCCAACGUUGUUGACCUUUACUUCAAUCUCGCAGCUGGUGAAGGUGUGUUUCUACCAAAGUUAUGUAAAGCGCAAGGACCCAAUGCUCAUAGAGAAAUGUCUGAGAUCCGUAGCUCUGGUUAUGUUGUACCUGGACCAGUAAACCCAGCCAAGUUGAUAGCCGAAGGACCAGUAAACUACAUGAAUUUGGAAGCUACAUAG